UACCUCACUAUAAAGAGUUGGACGUGUUCAUCAAGAGAGAUCAGGAGACAGGCUUCGGCUUUCGUGUGCUUGGAGGAGAAGGCGUUGAACAACCAGUCUACAUUGGUGCCAUAAUUCCCCAGGGGGCGGCAGAGAAGGAAGGCCGGCUGAGGACCGGAGAUGAGCUCGUUGGCAUCGACUGCAUCACCGUGAAGGGAAAAUCUCACAAGCAAGUUCUGGAUCUGAUGACUAACGCAGCACACAACGGACAAGUGCUACUUUCAGUGCGCAGGAAGGUCAUUUACAAAGAUGCCCCGGAGGAUGUUGGGAGUGGAGCGCUGACCCUUGUAAAUGGCUCACCUCGGCUUCCACGUAUCCAGGUGCCAAGCGUCAAGGACCAGGGGUCGUUUGAUAUCACGCUCCAUCGUAAAGAUAACGCGGGCUUUGGCUUUGUCAUUCUCACAUCGAAGAACAAACCGCCACCUGGAG